AUGGAUCUAGCAUAUGAUCAUAUCGCCGAAGAGGCUCUUCCGAAGGGGAUAAAAGACAACGAGAAAUCAUCGGAGAACACCAAGCCCGAGCAGCUGCAGUCGCCCACUCUAAAUGACGAAGUACAAGAUGCGUACCGUGCCUUCUCCUCGAGUCCUUGGGGCUCGAGACUUGGGGAUUUCUUUGGAAAUGUCGUGAAACAGGGCGAGUCCGUAUACCGUGAGGCGUCGCAAGAGAUUACCUCUCUGGGCGUUGAUGCCGCGAAAGGCGCUGCCGAUCUGCGCACUUCCCUGAUCAACAGAACCCGGUCCUUGUCCCUGGUGACUCCCCCAAACGCUGCAGGACCAAGUAACCAGGCUGCUGGUGAUAAGGAGAAGGAAGGGAUCACACCGACUGAUGCGAGGAAUAUGACCUCUGAGGAGGCAAUCAAGGAGUCUGAGUCCGUCAUCUCCCGCCUGAAGGCAGAAGCUGCCAAGCGACUGAAGGACAUCCAGAAGGCUGAGGACGCUGCCGAUGAGGCUCUACUUAAGUUUGGCACGAAUCUGAGGGAUUUUCUUAAAGAAGCCGUCAGCAUCGCGCCCCCAACAACCACAGGGGAUGGGCAAGGUAGUACGGUUUUAUUUGAAAGCAAGGAUGCAUCUGGAAAGCGGGUUAUCCACACGUCAAGAUAUGAUGCUCAACUACAUGUCAUUCACACCACGGCCGACAGUUUCACCAACGAUCCCGUUAGCGCUGAAUUUGCGCCGUGGGUUAAAGACUUCAACAUCGAUAGCAAGACUGAGGCUAUCAGUAGCGACCUGGCCAAGUAUCCCGAAUUGCGCAGCACGAUGGAACGGGUGGUGCCCGACCAAGUACCGUAUGCCAGCUUCUGGAAGAGAUACUACUUCCUCAGACAUAGCAUCGAGACUGCCGAGGCUAGACGUCGCGAUCUUUUGAAGGCUGCUUCGGCAGAGGCUGAGGAUGACGGGUGGGGUGAAGACUCUGACGAUGAGGCAGCAGAACCAAGCAAGCCGACGGACAAACCGAUGAGACCAGCUUCGGCCGAAUCCUCUACCACCAUCCACCCACCCUCAGACACGAAAUCAAACAAGGCUCUUCUGAAGCCUUCGGAGCCCCGCAAGUCCAACGAUGAAAAGUCGCAAGCAGACAGCGACACCAGCUAUGAUGUUGUAGGGGCCACGUCUGGAAACCCAAGUCAGGCGCCCAAUUCGCCCAAAGAAUCGCCCGAGGGCGAUGAGAGCGAUGACAGCGAAGAAGAAGACUGGGAAUAG